AUGUUCAAACUUCGUGAUGGACCUAACCGUGAUGCUCUGAAGGAACAUUUGCACAAGUCACAACUGUCCGAUGAGCUGCCUGGGGGAGACAUUUACACAAGCUAUGAACUGUUGUGUGAUAUUGUUCAAAAUGACAUGAUGGAAGAUGAAGAAACAUUUACGGAAAUUUCUUGGAGUGACGAUGAUGAUAUUACAAAUUUAUUUAAAGUGAUCAACCUUGGUGGUGCUGGCCAGUUGGUUUAUCGAUUUUUGGAUGACUAUAAGGAGACAAGGGACAAUUUUCUGUUUCCAAAUACUAAGUAUGAACAUGUGGUACCGUAUUGGUAUUUUCAUGCUGUCUGGGCGUGUAUGAAUACUGAAGGUGCUACUCUUUCUCAUGUUUUUUACAUCAAGUUAAUUGAUUUCUUGUCACAUUAUAAUGAAAAAUAUUGGAAUGACAAGGCAAUGUGUCCAAAAUGGACAACAAGAGAAAAAAAAUUACUUUCAAAGUAUGCAGACCUUAGAAUUGUUCGUACAACCAAAAAUGAACCAAUGUUGCAAAACUUAUUCCAACUAUUAUAUGAAAGAAUUGACGUAGAACCAGAUGAGAAUUUAAUAGACAUACUCCGAAUCUAUGCUCAUAGUUGUCCGUUUCCAACAUUUGCUUUUCUAAAUCAAGAGUUUGAUGCUAUUAGUGAUUUGGAACGAAAUGAAGAACACAAUCAAAGAUUAAGAAAAGCUUUGAAAGUUGUUGAAAAACUCAAAUUUAGUGCAUUCAUUGCACAUUAUUUUAGAAUUAUUGGGGAUGCUACAGAGUUGUUAGAUUUACGAGAAAUAGCCAUGAAAUGUGCCCUUUUCAGCGAUGAAACAUUCGGAAAUUUCUAUAUCAAAGAGAUUCUCGAAAAUGCUCCAUAUUCCAUUAGAAAAAUUUUAUUACUAGGUUUACCAUAUCAUUUGGACCAAAUUAUGCUCGAUCAGUCAUGUUUGGAAGUAAUUUACAACGGUACGAUUGAAUUUAAAGUGGAAACACCUGAGGAUGUUGAACCAUUUCUUAAUUUUUUGUGUGCUACAAUGGAAUUAACUAACAAGAUGAUUAAGGAUGACGAAUUGACAAGUAUAAUUUCUAAUAUUGUAAAAUAUCCACUUGAAUCUGAGUAUUUCAAAUUCAUAGAAACCAUUUUAAUAAUAUUAGGAAUGACGGAAAGGAUGGUGCUAGCUGUUAAAUCUUUAAUACCUGGAUUUAUAACUUGGAAAACCGUACUUCCAGAAACAAUGGCUGGUCGAUUGGUUCUAUGUUUACGCAUACACCAACUGCUUUCAGAGAAACAACUUUUGGAUGAUAACAUAAGGAAAGUCAUUUCGGAUUUAUUACUCUUCUAUUUCAGAUCAAAUAAUGAACUAACUGGACCAGCAAGAGUACUUGUUUCAUAUCAAAUGUAUGACGCUAUUGAACCUAUAAGCAAUGCGGUAUCAAAUAUGGAAUUUAUUUAUAGCUUGGCUAUCAAAAACUCUUGGAUUCCACUAAAUAAUAACUGCCUCAUCAAUUUAGUUUGUGACUAUAUUGUGAAAGGAAUUAAGCCACCUAAUCUUGAAAAGCUAGUAGAAAUUUUAAUGCGAGCAAUGUUGGAGAAACGUUCCAUUUACAUUUUUGCAGGUUUAAUAGCUCUAUUGGAUAUUGAUAAGGCAGUCAACUUUACUUUAGCCAAAACUAAAACACUGAAAGUUCUUAAUUUUGACAUUGAAAAUAAGAGGAAUCUUGCCCUGAUACAAACAGGAAUAAUUGAGCUAGCUAUCCGUUUACUAGAAAUUAACUGUAAUAGUGUAGAAAUCGAAGCACGAGAGUUCGUUCAAGGUAACACCAUGCUACGAUCUCAAUUUUUCCAUUUAGUCAAAUAUUUGCGAGUAGAUUAUGCCGAUUACAUUAAUGGUUUACCACGCGAACAAGAAAUGAUUUCAACCGAUGAUUAUGAAUCAUAUUCUGGUGAUUCUGAUUAA